CACGUCCACGCGGAAUGUUCCAGCGCCCGGCGCACGGCCGGCCAGCCCACGCAAGCUCCCGCUCCCUGUCCGGGCUGCGUCUCUCACCUCUCACCGCCCGCACCCGUCUUGCCGCCGCUCUGCUCUCUCUCGCGGCACGAUGAACACGCUUCAGACACACUUCUGGGCCGUGCGCGACUAUCUGGCGCCCGUGCUGCGCGAGAGCAAGUUCAAGGAGCACGGCCGCAUCACGCCCGACGAGUUCGUCGCAGCAGGCGACUUCCUCGCCUACAAGUUCCCGACGUGGACGUGGUGCGCCGCCACGUCGCCGCUGCACUCCGCCGCCUCUUCGGCCGCCUCCUCCUCCGCGACACCAGAUGCUCGCUACACGCGCGACUUCCUGCCGCCGACAAAGCAGUACCUCAUCUCGCGCGGCGUGCCGUGCGUGCGCCGUGCCGCCGCCGUCGCCGAGGGAGCAGCAGAGAAGGAGGAGAUGCUCGACAUUCCCGACGACGCACUCACGGCCGAAGACGAGGCCCUGGCGACGCGCAUCGCGGACCUGCAACUACCGUCCGGCAGCAGUGGGUCAGGCCAUGCGCCACAAGCCAGCGCGCUGCCCGAGAUGGACGACAUUCCGGACAUGGACGACGAGGACGAUGAGCUUGGCGGCCUGAGCGGCGGCGUCGACGAGGCCGAGGACGCCGCCACGGCGUCUGCGCCGGCCGCCGCCGGCCGCGGCAGCAAGCUGCUGGCCGUGCGCACGUACGACUGCCUGAUCACGUACGACAAGUACUACCAGGUGCCGCGCAUGUGGCUCGUCGGCUACUCGGAGAGCGGCAGCCUGCUCUCGGCGCAGCAGAUCUUCGAGGACAUCUCGCCGGACUACGCGCAGAAGACGGUCACCGUCGAGCCGUUUCCGCACGCGCCGCUGCACACGGCCAGCGUGCAUCCGUGCAAGCACGCGAGCGUGAUGCGCAAGGUCAUCGAGCGCAUGGACGGCAAGGUGCAGGAGAUGGGCCGCAGCGAGCGCAAAAAGUGGAAGCUGUCGGGCGUGCGGAGAAAGGAGGAGGUGUCGGAGAAGAAGGACGACGAAGAGGUGCCGGAGGGCCUGCGCGUCGACCAGUACCUGCUUGUUUUCCUCAAGUUCAUGGCGUCCAUAGUGCCUGCCAUCGAGAUCGACGCCACACAGGCUGUGUGA